ACUGUGGCAGUCUCGCUAUAAAAGCUCCAUUUUAUGUACGUAUUUUGAAAUGCAGCUGUUUUACCUCUUGUUCGCGCUUCCAAUUGCGCUGGUGCUUGUGCAAGCAACAACAGGGCAAGAGCAAAAUGUCUCAGCAGUAGGAGAAGAACAAAAUGUUACAGCAAUAGGAGAAGAAGAUGAUGUCGUUCAGCAGGGUCUUCUUGGAAACCUUUUUGGGAAACUUAUUUCGAUAAUGGGUAAAAACCUUGGAAAAUUCGCUGGACACAUGGCUCUAAAAACACCAUUGAUGGCAGUCAAGCUUGGAGUGAAAGGUGGGAUGCUAGGUGGAAACGAGGACAACAACCAUACUGCGCAAGCGUGAUAUCAUUCUUUGCUAGAACAGAAGAAGUAAAUUAUCA